UGCUUCACUUAUAAGCAUUUUGCUAUGACUGUUCUGCAGUUCAGCCCAGAGUCUCAAAUCGUUUCAGUCCGGCCCUGGAAAACAUCCUGAGCACGUUGGAGCUUGCAAAAAACCCCAGAAGGGAGGAGUCACGAGGCGCAAGACACAGGAAGGAAGGACGAACAUUUACCGACUACGCUUAUGGAGUGGUGAUAACAUGACUGUACGUUUUAUAACUUUAGGUGACUGACAAAGAGUUUAUUAUCCGAUUUGGAUUAGGACGCACCGGCCGGUCCGGAGGUGGAAUCGAGUCUGCGCCAAAGGAAGACUAAAGAACCAACCACAAGAUGUUUGAAUUCCUGAUGGCUACAGAAAAAACAGAGAGAAGCUUCUCCUUGCUGGAGCGCAUCCAUGUGAAACUAGGGGUAAUGUGAGUGCCACCCCCAGCCAGCAUGGUGUCAGCCUUUUCUGAGAUUCAGGGUGCACACAUGCCAUUGGGCCGGAAGAAAGGAAAGGCCCUCUGCAUGUUGAUGAUGAUAAACAUCUUCAUCUGUGUUCUGGUGGGUGUUUCAUGGAAACUUGGGCACAAAGGCGGUCCGAAGGGGAUUCGGAUUCCAUCCAAGAGGUUCUGGCACCUAACGUUAGUGAGCAAAUCCUUCUGGAACAAGGAGCAGCAGCGCUUGGACGUGAUUAACAACCCGCUUAUCAAUGCAGAACUCUUUGGAGGCUCCUUCAUUUCUCUGCCGGAUUGGCUUAAUGAUACCGGACCUCUUGACCCAUGUGAAGCAGAUUACCGGGUCCCAAUGCAGGUUUCGGACUACAACACCCUACCAAAGCGGUUCCAGGACUUUCUCCUACACAUGCGCUGUAGGAUGUAUCCAAUGCUGAUAAAUCAGCCCCACGUCUGCGAUAAAAAACCCUUCCUUCUGCUGGUGGUCAAGUCGCUGAUGCCGCAUUUCGACCGGCGCCAGGCCAUUCGCCAGACAUGGGGGCGCGCUGGCUUCUUAGCCAAUCGGCGUGUGGUGACCGUGUUCCUGCUUGGCAGUACUUCAUCGGUGGACAACUUCCCCGACCUGCAGGAGAUGCUAAACCACGAGGCUAAGCUUCACAAAGACCUGCUGCAGUGGGACUACAGGGACACAUUCUUCAACCUCACCCUUAAAGAAGUCCUUUUUCUAGAGUGGUUCAGCACAUACUGUCCUCACGCUCAGUAUAUUCUCAAGGGUGACGAUGACGUCUUUGUUAACACCUUACAAAUAAUUGGCUUCCUAAGAGGCCUGUCUAAGGGCAAAGGCAAAGAUUUGUUCAUAGGUGAUGUUAUCAAGAACGCAGGUCCACACAGAAACACAAAACUGAAGUAUUUUAUCCCUGAGAGUGUAUUUGUGGGGCAGUACCCGCCUUAUGCUGGCGGUGGAGGCUACCUGCUCUCUGGGGAUUUAGCAAUCCGUCUUUCCAACAUUUCUCAGCAGGUGCUCUUGUAUCCCAUUGACGAUGUCUACACAGGGAUGUGUCUGGAGAAGCUGGGCCUGGUGCCUGAAAAGCACCCAGGAUUUAGGACGUUUGACAUUGAAGAGAAGUACAGGGACAACCCAUGCAUCUACAGAAGCCUGAUGCUGGUUCACAGUCGAACACCGCAGGAGAUGCUGGAGAUCUGGCAGUGGAUUACUCACCCUGAGCUGAGCUGCCAGUGACCCGUUUCAACUGGCUUUAAAGUUGUCAGACAAUCUUCUCUGCAUUUCAUUGAGUAUUUUAAAUAUGUUUUUUUUUUUAC